AUGAACGGCUUGACGGUCAGCGAACUCUGUUGCCUAUUCUGUUGCCCGCCCUGCCCCGCGCGCAUCGCCGCCAAACUGGCCUUCCUGCCCCCCGAGCCGACGUACAGCAUCGUCCCCGAACCGGAUCCCGUUGCGGGGGGGCCCGGCAGCGCCUCGCCCCGAGGAGGAGCCAUGACCCGCUGGAAGCUGCACCUGGGGGACCGAGCGGAUUUCCAGUACGCCCAGCGGGAACUGGACACCAUUGAGGUGUUCCUGACCAAGAGCAGCCGGGGGAACCGCGUGGGGUGCAUGUACGUCCGCUGCGUACCUGGCGCCAGGUGAGACGGUUUUGGGCUGCGUUUAUUCCACCCUGUUUCGCUUUUCAUUUGUUUGCCACCUUUCCGUCUUUCUGCUGUUGUUAUUCAUUGCGAAACAGACAACACCAGACAGACCAAAACAAUACCGCAAUGACAACUAAUAAUAAUAAUAAUACAGUGGUACCUCGGGUUACAAGGGACGCGGGUGGCGCUGUGGGUUAAACCACAGAGCCUAGGGCUUGCCGAUCAGAAGGUCGGCAGUUCGAAUCCCCGCAAUGACGGGGUGAGCUCCCGUUGCUCGGUCCCUGCUCCUGCCAGCCUAGCAGUUUGAAAGCACCUCAAAGUGCAAGUAGAUAAAUAGGUACCGCUCUGGCGGGAAGGUAAACGGCGUUUCCAUGCGCUGCUCUGGUUCACCAGAAGUGGCUUAAUCAUGCUGUACGCCGGCUCCCUCGACCAGUAAAGCGAGAUGAGCACCACAACCCCAGAGUCGGUCACAACUGGACCUAAUGGUCAGGGGUCCUUUACCUUACCUCGGGUUACAUACGCUUCAGGUUACAGACUCUGCUAACCCAGAAAUAGUACCUUGGGUUAAUAACUUUGCUUCAGGAUGAGAACAGAAAUUGCACAGCGGCAGCAAGAGGCCCCAUUAGCUAAAGAGGUUCUUCAGGUUAAGAACAGUUUCAGGUUAAGAACAGACCUCCGGAACGAAUUAAGUACUUAACCCAAGGUACCACUGUAAUAAAUAAAAUUUUAUUUAUAUCCCGCCCUCCCCAGCCGAAGCCGGGCUCAGAGCGGCUAACAACAGUAAAAUAAUACAGCAUUCUAAAAGCAAUUCGUUCUAAAAUCAGUUUUAAAUCAAGUUAAUGGCAACCAUUAAUUUGACUAAACAUUAAUUGGCUACACAUCAUCUAACACAGGGAUCAGCAAACUUUAUCAGCAGGGGGCCGGUCCCCUGUCCCUCAGACCUUGUGGGGGGCUGGACUAUAUUUUUGGGGGGGAAAUGAACAAUUUCCUAUGCCCCACAAAUAACCCAGAGAUGCAUUUUAAAUAAAAGCACACAUUCUACUCAUGUCAAAACACACUGAUUCCCAGACCAUCCGCGGGCCGGAUUGAGAAGGCGAUUGGGCCGGAUCCGGCCCCCAGGUCUUAGUUUGCCUACCCAUGAUCUAACAUCACACAUAUUUUUGACUUCCGAAUCACCUCAUUGUGCUUUCUAAAUAUUCUUAUAAUAAUUAAUAACAAUAAUUUUAUUAUUUACACCCCGCCCAUCUGGCUGGGCCUCCCCAGCCACUCUGGGCGGCUCCCAACUGAAUAUUAAAAACACAAAACAGCAUUAAACAUUAAAAACUUCCCUAAAUGGGGCGGCCUUCAGAUGUCUUCUAAAAGUAAGAUGGUUGCUUAUUGCCUUGACAUUUGACGGGAGGGCGUUCCACAGGGCGGGCGCCACCACUGAAAAGGCCCUCUACGUCCCCCUCUGUUAUUUCCUGCCCCCCCAGUGGUCUUCUGGCGGGAGCGAGGUUACAGGGAACCUGGCAGAGGGCCUUCUCGGUGGUGGCGCCCUCCCAUCAGAUGUCAAGGAAAUAAACAACUCUCUGACUUUUAGAAGGCAUCUGAAGGCAGCCCUGUUUAGGGAAGCUUUUAAUGUUUGAGGUUCUAUUCUGUUUUUCUAUGUACUGGAAGCUGCCCAAAGUGGCUGAUGGGAAAAUCAGAGAGCCAGUAUGGUUUAGGGGUUAGAGUAACUUACUGGGAACUGAGAGACCCGGGUUCAAAUCUCCUCUUGGCCCUGAAGCUCACUGGGGGUGCCUUUGGGCCAGUCGCUGCCUUUCCGCCUGACCUAGUGAGGUUACAGGGAACCAGGCAGAGGGCCUUCUCGGUGGUGGCGCCCUCCCGCCAGAUGUCAAGGAAAUAAACAACUUUCUGACUUUCAGAAGACAUCUGAAGGCAGCCCUGUUUAGGGAAGUUUUUAAUGUUUGGUCGUGUUUUUAAUAUUCUGUUGGGAGCCGCAGAAGGGAGGCAGUGUUGCCGUAUGGGGGGAUUGCCGUAACCUCAGCGGAGAUUUUGCCGGCUUGGCCACAGACUGCCUGCUGGGGAGAAGAAGGGAGGGCGGCGGCCAGGAAGGAGCCACAAGACAGAUGUUAGCACCACAGCUGUUUCCGCUGUGGAUGAGGGCGUUUCCCCGAUUUGGAAUUUCCUGUCCGCUUUGGAACGGAUACCAGGAUCCGUUCAUCCGGUUUGCUGCAAACGGGUUUGCUGCAAACUGUUAAAAAUAAGAGACCUCCUUGCUGGCAAAAGACCUGAAUAUCACCAGGCCUGCUGCGAAAUAACUCUGUUUUAUGGUCACAAGGACAAGACGGGCUGUGAUGGUCGAUGGACGGCUGCUGAUUUUAAACUCCGGGACAUAGAUUUUUAGCGGAAGAAAACACUAUUUUUACAACGGAAAUGUGUUUAUAGGGAGCGUUCUGUUUCGCCUACUGCAGCUGUGCCAGGAAUUUUGGUGCCCCCCCCGCAAAAAAAGUUGUUGAGCUUGCUUUUGGGGGCAGAAAGCGCCCCCAAAAUGUUGUCAUCUGUCCUCAGUGCCGGAUUUACGUAUAAGCUAAACAAGUUAUAGCUUAGGGCCCCAUUCUAUUGGGGACCCCAAAAAAUUUAAAGGGGAAAAAACUGGAUGUAUAUUUCCAAAAUAUAAGAUAGAAAACAAAUAAAAAAAACCUACAUCCAGCAACAGUGUUUUGUGUUGUGUAGGCUCCUCUGAUGUAAGUCAUGGGCCCCGCCUGCUAGCCUGCUCCCUAAAAUAUCCCUGGUUUGCUCCUUUCUAAAUAUAGGGUGGGGUGUGGGUGGUGCUGUGGGUUAAACCACAGAGCCUAGGACUUGCCAAUCCGAAGGUUGGUGGUUUGAAUCCCCGCAACAGGGUGAGCUUCCGUUGCUCGGUCCCUGCUCCUGCCAACCUAGCAGUUCGAAAGCACGUCAAAGUGCAAGUAGAUCAAUAGGUCCCGCUCCGGCGGGAAGGUAAACGGCGUUUCCGUGCGCUGCUCUGGUUCGCCAGAAGCGGCUUAGUCCUGCUGGCCACAUGACCCGGAAGCUGUAUGCCGGCUCCCUCGGCCAGUAAAGCGAGAUGAGCGCCGCAACCCCAGAGUCGGUCACAACUGGACCUAAUGGUCAGGGGUCCCUUUACCUUUACCUUUUAUAUAUAGGGUGCCUACAUUCUGCAUGUACUGGUUGCAGGGCAACAUGGGCAAAUGGCUUGAGAUACAGAUUAGGUCCAUAAAUAACCAUACAGCAUCUAGCCAAAGGUAAAGGGACCCCUGACCAUUAGGUCCAGUCAUGACCGACUCUGGGGUUGCGGCGCUCAUCUCUCUUUAUUGGCCGAGGGAGCCAGCGUACAGCUUCCGGGUCAUGUGGCCAGCAGGACUAAGCCGCUUCUGGCGAACCAGAGCAGCGCACGGAAAUGCCGUUUACCUUCCUGCUGGAGCGGUACCUAUUUAUCUACUUGCACUUUGACAUGCUUUCGAACUGCUAGGCUGGCAGGAACAGGGACCGAGCAACGGGAGCUCACCCCGUCAUUGCGGGGAUUCGAACCGCCGACCUUCUGAUCGGCAAGUCCUAGGCUCUGUGGUUUAACCCACAGCGCCACCCGCAUCCCCUAUACAGCAUCUAUUCAGCACAAAAAAACAGCGACCAUUUGUUGUUGACAAAGGACAGCUGGACAUAGAAAGGGCCCCAUGACCUUCAGGAGCUGAGGGCCUCAUCAAAACGAAAUCCAGCCGUGCACAUGAAAGACAUUCCCUUGCAUCUCUCCUUCCCUUGCAGGUUUACGGUCCUGUUUUCACACGGCAACGCUGUGGACCUGGGCCAGAUGUGCAGCUUCUACAUCAGCCUGGGCACCCGCAUCAGUUGCAACAUCUUCUCCUAUGACUACUCCGGGUACGGCGUCAGCACGGGGAAGCCCUCCGAGAAGAAUCUGUACGCCGACGUCGACGCUGCUUGGCAAGCACUGCGCACCCGGUGAGCGUGGGAGCGAGGGUGCCCUGUUUAAGUCAGUUGUUAGCUCGCCAUUCAUCAGUGGUCUAAACCACCGAGCCUCUUGGGCUUGCUGAUCGGAAGGUCGGUGGUUCGAAUCCCCGCAAUGACGGGCUGAGCUCCCGUUGCUCGGUCCCUGCUCCUGCCCACCUAGCAGUUCGAAAGCACACCUGCGCAAGUAGAUAAAUAGGUACCACUCCGGCGGGAAGGUAAACGGUAUUUCCGAUCAGAUGUCAAGGAAAUAAACAACGAUCUGACUUUCAGAAGACAUUUGAAGGCAGCCCUGUUUAGGGAAGCUGUCAAUGUUUUGAUGUUUUACUAUGUUUCUGUGUAUUAUUAUUAUUAUUAUACCUUCUACAUCUGGAGGGUUACAGGAUAUGUUAAAACACUAAAUAUUAAAAGCUUCCAGAUGCAGGGUUGCCUAAAGGUGUCUUCUUAAAGUUGUGCAGUUCUUUAUCUCCUUGGCAUCUGAAGGGAGGGCUUUCCACAGGGCAGGUGCCACCACCGAGAAGGCCCUCUGCGUGGUUAUCUCACUUCUCGCAGGGACAGAACUGCCAGAAGGCCCUCGGAGCUGGAAAUCCAUGUCCGGGCUAUACAAUGGGGAUGGAGACGCUCCUUCGGGGAUACAGGGCCGUUUAGGGAUUUAAACGUGAGCACCAACACUUUGAAUUGUGCUCAAAAACGUACUGGGAGCCAAUGUAGGUCUUUCAAGACUGGUGUUAUGUGGUCUUGGCAGCCGCUCCCAGUCCGCAGUCUGGCUGCCACAUUCUGGAUUAGUUAUAGUUUCUGGGUCACCUUCAAAGGCAGCCCCACGGAGAGCGCAUGGCAGUAUUCCAAGCGGGAGAUAACCAGAGCAUGCACCACUCUGGUCAGACAGUCUGCGGGCAGGGAGGGUCUCAUCCUGCGUACCGGAUGGAGCUGCCCUGGAAACAGAAUUGACCUGCGCCUCCAUGGACAGCUGUGAGUCCAAAAUGACCCCCAGGCUGCUCACCUGGUCCUUUGGGGGCACAGUUGCCCCAUUCAGGAGUGUGCUCAGUAAUUAUUAUUGUUGAAACUGAAGUUGGCUUUGCUCUCCUCUCUCCCUCCUUCCCUGCCUACCUUCCAGAUACGGGAUCAGUCCCGAGAACAUCAUCUUGUACGGACAGAGCAUCGGGACGGUGCCCACUGUCGAUCUGGCCUCUCGCUAUGAGUGUGCGGCUGUGAUCCUGCACUCACCGCUAACUUCGGGAAUGCGCGUCGCCUUCCCGGAAACCAAGAAGACCUACUGUUUUGACGCUUUCCCCAAGUAAGGCUGCCGAGGGGGGUCUGUCUCUGGCAUUUUGGGUUGGGUGUUUCCAUCUGCUGCCAAAUUAGGAAGGUGGGCGGGGCCAAGGGGGCCUAUCCAUCACCGGACAUCACCCUCGCAGUCCCGACCAAGAUGAAGCAAAUUAGAACAACAGCGCUAGGUUGAAAAUGGUUAAAGGUAAGUCUGCGACCAGAAGGAGGAGGAGUAUCAGGAAGAGUGGAUUAAAUUUAACGAUUACCGUAUUUUUCGCUCUAUAAGACGCACAAGACGCAAGGAGGAGAACAAGAAAAAAAAUACUCUGAAUCUCAGAAGCCAGAACAGCAAGAGGGAUCACUGCGCAGCGAAAGAAGCAAUCCCUCUUGCUGUUCUGGCUUCUGGGAUAGCUGCGCAGCCUGCAUUCGCUCCAUAAGACGCACACAUAUUUCCCCUUACUUUUUAGGAGGGGAAAAGUGAGUCUUAUAGAGUCUUAUAGAGUCUUAUAAAGUGAGUCUUAUAGAGUUAAAUUUGUUAAGUUAAAUUAACUGAAAACAGCUUUCAGGUACUUAAUUGGCUUAGGAUUUUAUUUAUGUUAAGGGAUGAAUUAAUAUGUUUAAUUUCAUAAUGUGAAGAUCUAAGGAUGUUAAUGUUUAAGUUAAAUUUUGUAGGAACUGUGAUUUGGAAAACCGUUAAAAGGCUAUGCAAUGAAAUUCAACCAAGGGGUUUGUAAUUUUCAAUAAGGCUAUGAUUUAUGUUUGUUUGUCUUAUGUGUUUGUUUGUUUGUUUAUAAUGUUGUGAAAACCAAAAAAGAAAAAAGAAAAAAAAGAAAAUGGUAAAAGGUAAAGGGACCCCUGACCAUUAGGUCCAGUCGUGGCCGACUCUGGGGUUGCGGCGCUCAUCUUGCUUUACUGGCCGAGGGAGCCGGCAUACAGCUUCCGGGUCAUGUGGCCAGCAGGACUAAGCCACUUCUGGCGAACCAGAGCAGCGCACGGAAAUGGCGUUUACCUUCCCACCAGAGCAGUACCUAUUGAUCUACUUGCACUUUGACAUGCUUUCGAACUGCUAGGUUGGCAGGAGCAGGGACCGAGCAACGGGAGCUCACCCCGUCAUUGCGGGGAUUUGAACCACCGACCUCCUGAUCGGCAAGUCCUAGGCUUUGUGGUUUAACCCACAGCGCCACCCGCAUCUUGAAAAUGGUUAAAAAGUCAUUAAACUUUAAUAGAAUUUUUAAAAACUUGAAAAACAAAAAACCGGAUGUGUUGAAAUAGGAAUAGUAAAAAGAGCACUCUUUAAAACGAGCCAGUACCCAAAAGUCUGCUGGGUGGAAGGACGACAAGGAGGGAGCCAGUUUGGCUUCUCUAGGGAGGGAGUUGCAAAGUCUGGGAGCAGCCAGCACUGAAAAGGCCCUGUCCCGCAAUCUCAUCAGGUGUGCCUGUGUAGCUGGUGGGAGUUUCAGUGGCCUCCUCUGAAGAUCACAAAACCAGGGCAGGUUCGUGGGGGGGGGGGAGAGAGAUUUAAAAAAUAGUAGGAAUCAGGGCCUUGUUUCAUCCGGAACUCAGUUUAAAAAAACUAUGGUUUAAAAAUCCAUGUUUUUUUUAAAAAAACAACACCUAUGGUUUAAAAAGCCAUGGUUUAAAAACCAUGGUUGUUGUUGUUUUUAAAAGCCGUGGUUUUAAAAAACCGUAUGGUUUAAAUACCAUGGUGGUGGUUGUUUUUAAAAAGCCAUGGUUUAAAAUAACCCACCAUGGUUUAAAUAACCAUGGUUCACAAAAACCCCACAAUGGUUUAAAAAAACCAUGGUUAAUGUUACGGGGCGAACCAGGCUAAUAAUUCAUGUUCUUUUCCUCUUCCGCAGCAUCGACAAAGUCUCCCGGAUCACCUCCCCGGUCCUCUUCAUCCACGGCACGGAGGACGAGGUCAUUGACUUCUCCCACGGCUUGGCCCUCUACGAGCGCUGCCCGAAGGCCGUCGAGCCGCUGUGGGUCGAGGGCGCCGGCCACAACGACAUCGAACUAUACAGCCAGUACCUAGAGCGCCUGCGCAAGUUCAUUUCGCACGACCUGGCCAGCCAGAACAACUGA